AGCAAAACAGGGCAACGCUAUAAAGAAAGGGGAAAAAACAGAGGAAGCAAAACUGAAACACACAGCAAAUGGUGAGGGUGCGUGUGUUGAAUAAUGCUCUCAAGAAGCGCCACUUCAUCAAACCCCCUUCACUCCUUCAAGACCCUCAACACUCCAUUCGCAUUUUCUCCAAUGCCAGGCAAAACCAGAACCUUGCCCAGUGCGAGCGUGCUCUGGUUUCCGCACUCAAGUCCUGUUCUUCCCUCUCAUUCCCUUCUCAGGGUCGCCAAAUCCAUUCACUCGCCUUGAAACUCGGAUUCCACUCCAACACCUUCAUUCAAAACACCUUGAUCGACAUGUAUGCCAAAUGCGGUUCGAUUUUUGAUGCCCGGUUGCUUUUUCAGGCUUCUCCUGUGUUGGACCAUGUAUCCUGUAACAUUAUGGUUUCUGGGUAUGUGAGAGCUGGUCAAUUUGACAAUGCCCGCCAACUGUUUGACAUAAUGCCUGGUAAAGAUUGUGUCUCCUACACAACCAUGAUCAAGGGUCUUGUUCAAAAUCGCUGCUAUGGAGAAGCCCUUGAGGUUUUCAAGGACAUGAUGUUUGAUGGGGUGGUCCCUAAUGACCUGACUGUGGUGAAUGUGACAUCUGCUUGCUCACGUUUUGGUCAAAUUUGGAAUUGUCGAAUGAUUCAUGCCUUGGCGAUUAAAUUGGUCGUUGAUGGGUUAGUCCGUGUUUCGACGAAUUUGAUGAAUGCGUACUGUCGUUGUUCAGGUGUAUGGGAAGCGAGAAGGUUGUUUGAUAAGAUGCCUGAGCGGAAUCUGGCUACGUGGAAUGCGAUGUUGAAUGGAUAUUCAAAGACAGGCCUUGUUGAAAUGGCGAGGGAGUUGUUUGAGAGAUUUCCUGAUAAAGAUGUGAUUUCUUGGGGCACAAUGAUUGAUUGUUAUUCCCAAUUGAAUUGUGUCCGUGAAGCUUUCAUGAUGUAUCGUUCAAUGCUAAGAACUGGAGCAGGACCUAAUGAAGUCACAACUGCUAAUUUGAUUUCAGCAUGCGGUCGGCAGACUGCAAUUGAUGACGGCCGGCAAUUGCAUGGAACAGUUGUUAAGAAAGGCUUUGACUGUAAAGAUUUUGUACAGACAAGGAUUAUCUUUUUUUAUGCAGCUUGUGGGAUGAUGGACCUUGCCUCUUUGCAAUUUGAAGUGGGUGUAAAGGAUCACCUAGAAUCAUGGAAUGCUCUUAUUGGUGGAUUUAUAAAAAAUGGAAUGACAGACCAGGCAAGGCAAGUCUUUGAUGAGAUGCCUGAAAGAGAUGUGUGUUCGUGUAGUACCAUGAUUUCUGGCUAUGCACAAACCAAACAGCCCAAGAUGGCACUUGAAAUCUUCCAUAAAAUGGUAGCCAGUGGAAUCAAACCAAAUGAAGUCACCAUGGUGAGUGUAUUAUCUGCAAUUGGCACACUAGGCACAUUGAAGGAAGGAAGAUGGGCCCAUGGUUACAUAAGUAGUGAAUGUAUUCCUUUGAAUGACAAUUUACGUGCUGCUCUGAUUGCUAUGUAUGCCAAAUGUGGGAGCAUCGACAGCGCCUUACAAUUUUUCAAUCAGAUUCGAGACGAAGUCUCUUCUGUUUCCCCAUGGAAUGCAAUUUUAAGUGGGUUAGCCUCACAUGGACAUGCAAGUAAGUGCCUGGAGGUUUUUUCUGAUUUGCAGAGGUAUCAUAUUAGACCAAAUCUAAUUACAUUUAUAGGAGUCCUAAAUGCUUGUUACCAUGCGGGGCUGGUUGAACGUGGGCGGAGAAUAUUUAAAAGCAUGAAGAGUACAUAUAAUGUGGAACCAGAUAUCAAACAUUAUAGUUGUAUGGUUGAUCUUUUGGGCAGAGCAGGGCUAUUAGAGGAAGCUGAGGAAAUUAUUAGGAGCAUGCCUAUGGAGGCCGACAUUGUGAUAUGGGGAGCUUUAUUAGCGACAUGUAAAACUCAUGGAAAUGUCAAUAUAGGAGAGAGGGCUGCAAAGAGUUUGGCAGGAUUGGCACCAUCUCAUGGUGGAGGUAAAGUUCUCCUAUCAAACAUAUAUGCAGAUGCAGGAAGGUGGGAGGAUGUAUCAUUGGUAAGAAGAGUCAUGCAGGGUCAGAGAAUUGAGAGAAUGCCUGGGUGCAGUGGUGUUAUAAGGUAGUUAAUGGAGGCUUGAAAUAUAUACAUACAGGAUUAUGUUGCAACAAGGUGGUACAGGGCUCCUGAGUUGUGAGGAUCCUUUUUCUACAAGGUGCAAUAUAUGUUAUUUCAGUAUUUGCCCUCAUUUGAUAUCUGAAAGUUUAGGCACAUCCUAUUUCUUCGCCCCCACCCGCUGUUCUUGUAGUUGUACCUCUUGCUUCUCUACUUCAAACCAAUAAGGCAGAAAUCUCUUCUAUUUUUGUGCUUUCUUCAAUUUACAGAUCUCUAAACUAGACUUGGGGAUUUUUAUAAAAAAUUAUUCAAUCAAUGUCUAUGGACGUAUGGCACUGAUUGUUGUUGUCAAGCUAUUGGGUCUGACCUCUACAGAUAAUGACAAUUUCUGCCCUUUAGGAAUAAAGGACUCAUGGAAUGGGUGCCUAAAAUAUUGACCAGCACCCAUUAGUGUGAUUUUGGACUUUUUCAUGUUAUAGUUCUUAGGUUUAGUGGAAAUGGCAUAGGAUCCCAAUCAUGGAAUAUGAUUUUUUUUAUGUUUCUGUUUCUUAUACUUCAUCUAUCAUAUACUCUUUUACGGUGGUUAUUGAUUUAUUUAGUCAGAAAAGGUACUUUUUAUGAUGAAUUUUCAAAUAGUAGUUUUAACUUGUAAUUGUACUGAUUACUGAAAUAAUAUGUAUGUUGCUUCAGAAGUCCUAUUCAUGCUUACCAUGAUUAAUUUGUAAAUAGCUGGUAGCUUGAAUCAUAAUACAAAUUUCAAAUCAUUCUCCGGCAUCUAAUAUGUCGUCAUCUGCAUAUGUAUAGUAGAAGUACUUAUUUGUGCCUUCUGAAGUUAGGGCUUUCUUCAUCUGAUAUGGUCUGACAAUGUGUUUUGAUGUACUGCAGUCACAUCUCAACUGGUCUAUUCAUUUUCACUCAGUCUCUUUGGUUUUCACAGGGGUACCUGUGUAGGAGAAUAGUACUUUCAUCAAAUUAAUGCUAGGUCUUAUUUCCUUUGUGAUGCGUUUGGACCUCAAAACUAGCUUAUGGUCAUUUUUUACUUUUAAUCACAUCAUCAUAAUUUCUUUUCUGGAUGCUUGUAUGAUUUAAACGUAGGAAUCAGUGCCUAUUUUUUUUCUUCUUAUGCUAACAUAUUUUGUUAAAAUUGAUCUCAUUAUCAAUAAUAUGCCUCAUAAUCUGGUUUUGAUCAUGCACAAUGACGUUGUGUGAAAGUGAUCCAUAUAGCCGACGUCACUUAGUGGGAAAAGGCUGUUGUUGUUGUUGUUGUUGCUACAUAUUUUGUGAGAAGUGUUUGGUUGCGUACUUAUGCACAUUAACUUUGAACUGCUUAACUUAUAGUCCAAUAAAAUAGGAGGUAGAUCAUGUUAGUGAAAUAAAGAUGUCAUGCUUCUGGGUAUAUCUUGCUGAUUUACAAUGCUGGACUUAGUAAUAUAUAUGGUCAGAAACUUUUUAUUUUCAGUUACACCAACUAUAGUCAUAUGGAGCAUUGGCUGCAUUUUUGCUGAACUUUUAACUGGGAAACCUCUUUUCCCUGGAAAGAAUUUUGUCCAUCAACUGGAUCUCAU